UUCGACUGUAAAAAUAUUAUAAUGAUCUUUCUGCGGGCGUAUUUUCCAUUAUACGAACGUCACUGCAUGAAACUGCCCUACUCCUUCCAUUAAAUAAGAAUUUGCGACGUUUAAGAAUUUUCAUCUUGAUAAAAAUAGCUCAUAUUCGGUUCUAAUUCAUACCUGGAUAAAAGACUACAGUAUAACUGCUGAAUUUGUGAAAUGUGAAUUUUACACUCGAUUGUAAAGAUAUUAACUUAAUGCGAUUUUAUAACAAUGUGAAUGCGUUAUUUUAGAUUUUAAUUACCUAUCAAUUUUUUCGACCAAUUCGAUUUACCUACCAAUACCUAGCUGAUGCCAAAAUGAAGGCUAAACGUGAUACGAGAUCGAUAUCGUUUUUAACGUAUUGUUUAUUUUUAUUAAUUUUUAAUUUCGGCAGCAUUCGAGACUGCGAGUCGCAAAAUAUUCUAGUUCCUUAUGCUUGGAGAGAUGUUGACUAUUUAUAUCCUAGCGAAACAGAACGCGCUGAAGCUAUUGCGAAUGGCAGUUUUGCGCCAUCGAACGUUGUAGUAAAUGAUGUCGAUGCUUGGCCUGGUGAAUUGAGGAAUGAUAACGCUGCCCAGCAACGUAUUUUUGUAACAACUCCAAGAGUAGCACCAGGAAUUCCUGCAACUUUAUCAACGAUCACAAAUAUACGAAACAACGAGUCAUUCCUGCUGUCUCCAUUUCCAAAUUGGGAAUCUCAGAUUGUCGACGAAGCAUGCAAUGGGCUCGUCUCAGUCGAUAAAAUACACAUUGACAAAUGUGGUCUUUUAUGGAUCACCGACACGAGCGUAACAAACUUGUUCACAGGACCUCGAAGAGUCUGCACGCCAAAAAUUUUAAUUUAUGAUUUGAAAAAUGGCGAUACUUUGGUGGACAGAUACGAAUUCCCAACAGGAGUCUAUCUCGAUCGUAGCAGCUUAACUACAACUGUAACCGACUCCAGAACGGAUACUUGUAGAGAUUCCAUCGCUUACAUUUCCGAUUUAAACGCCUACGGUUUGGUUGUAUUCGACAUGAGCCAGAGGACAAGCUGGAGAGUAAAUCAUAACUAUUUCUUUCCAAAUCCCCUCAAUGGAUUUUUCACCAUCGCAGGGGCAUCUUUCGAUUUAAUGGAUGGUGUUUUUGGAUUAGCUUUAGGACCCAUUCAAACAUCAGGAGAUCGACUCCUAUACUUCCACAGUAUGGCCAGCCUUCGAGAAAGCUGGGUACCAACUUCGGUGCUGAAAAACACCACUUUGAUAACAAACAGAACCGCCAUCAGGCACCUGUUCACAAUCUCGCCCGAAUUUCGCGAAGGUCAAUGCACUCUGGAAGUGAUGACCGAAAGUGGCAUCCUCAUAUACGCCGAUGUAAUCCGAAACGCGAUUGUUUGUUGGAACACAGCAACUCCACCACUUAGAUCAAAUACUCAAGUUAUUUACCAGCACGACGAACACCUACAAUUCAUAAGCGGACUGAAAUUGAAAACCGAUACAUUGUGGAUCGCCACGAAUCGCAUUCAGAAUAUAUUUUCGCCCUCAAAUGCCACCAAUGCCAGGAAUGAAUUUCGUAUGAGGGUUUUGGUCGUUAAAUCCAUCUCGGAAUUGCUUCAGGGCACUAGAUGCGUGUCAUCUGGUCCUAGUCGGUCGCCAGGGUUACCACCUCCAUCGCCACCGAAUCGUUUUGGAGGAAGACCAUACUAAUAGUUUACAAGUGUUCUUGCUGAAGAUCAAGGCAAAGGUUUUCGAAUCAAUGUAAAAACAUCCAACGUUGGGUGAUAAUAUUAACUACGACAAGAUGAGCAGAGCCACUCGUAUGCAGAUAUGUUAAUAUGUAUUUGGUAUUUUCUCGAGUCAUGAAAUGUAAUCCACGGUACAUCUGUUUGUAAAUCAUAACAAAAAAAACACAUAAAUUAGAA